UUCCAUAACAAAUUGUGACGUCGACACACGAUAGUCCAAAUAUCGCGAGUAAUCUCAUAGUUAAAUUAUUACUUGACACAAACAGCAACGUCAACAACGUCGAAAUGAAUGAGUCUGAAAUACCCAUAGACAUCCAUACGCUGAAGCUGCAGGAUUGGCUAAUAAGCAGACGCAUCGUGCCCAAGAAUGUGCAGGCUCCCAUCAAGGACAUACAUGCAAAGAUAAGCAAUGCGCUGCAGGAUAUGCCAGCCAACGAUCAACUGAUUAAGCUGCUCUCAGGAUCUAAUAUAAACUAUCUGCAUGUCAAGGAGAUUAUCGAAAUACUCAAGCAGACAGAGAAGGACACGAAAAGCGUGUUUGGCACCUAUGGCAGCCAGCGCAUGAAAGACUGGCAGGAGGUCAGUCGCCUCUACGAGAAGAACGCCACUUAUCUGGCCGAAACGGCGCAGAUCUAUGUGCGCAAUGUAAACUACGAAAUCCCAGGUGUGCGCAAACAGAUGACCAAGCUGGAGCAGCAGACAGAUGAGUGCUUGAAGCGAGCACAUGAUCUCCAGAAGCCAGAGGCCCAGCUGCUUGCCGAGCACGCUGCUUUGUUGGAGCAAUUGGGCGUGAAGGGCGACAAUCUGCAUGCAGAGUUUAUUGAAGUGCUCGCUGGUCUGCCGGAAUUGUAUAAGAAAUCCUUGCAGGACAUUGGCCGUGUGCAGGCUGGCAUUGAUCUGUAUGCCGAGGUCAGUGGACAGAGCCAAUGUCUGCCCAUCUUGCGGCAUUUGGUCGAGCACGGCAAUACAACGGUCUAUCAGUAUAUACACAAGGAGGCGCCGCUUGCCAUCGAGGAGCCCGAGCUCAGAUUGAACUUAAGUGGAGGCAGUUCGUCAAAGGGCAGCGAAAACAAUGAAAUCGAUUUUGGAACCGAUGACAAUGGAGGCACAUCGUCAACAGUGUCGGCAGAAAUCAUUGAUUUUGGUGAUCUGCAAGAGAACGAUGGCGGCAACAUCGACUGGGGCAUUGAGAGUGCACCGACGGAUGCGGUGGAAAUCAAUUUCGACAUACCCGUUGAGGAGUAUGGCAUCGUUGUCGAAGGCACCGGCAUGGAUGGUGGCACUGCCAAAGGUGAUCAGGCUUAUACCUUGCUGGACUCGCCCAGCUACCGGGAUCGUUUCCUUGAUGAAACCUACGAGCUGGAGGCGUUCCUGCGUAUGCGUCUCUAUGAACUCAAUCACUUGGAGUCCUCCAGCAAUAUCAUGUUCUCCCUCAUGGACAACAUUGCCACGCACGACAGCGAGAGUAUAGGCAAAAUUUUGGCCGAUGUUGAGAGAAUCAUUCAACAGAGCUCUGAUGAGCAGAUACGUCAUCUCUUCCAACUGAAGCAUUCCCCCAAAUAUGCCGAUCUGCUGGCCAGUAAACUGCAGCAGAUGACCAAAGCCGUGGAUAAGGUGCGCCAAACCCAAGAGCUGAUGAAGAAGCGAGCUGUCGAAUUGCGAGAGCAGCGCCAGCAAUUAAAUCCCGUCCUGGAAGAACUUAUUACUCAAACUAGGACUCUGCAGGAGUAUAUCGAAAAGGAUAUUUCCAAACGCUAUAAGAAUCGUGUAGUUAAUCUUAUUGGUGGCGUUAACUAAGAUGUUAGUGUGUAGAUUCAAUUGUUUAUGUCUUAUGGAAAAGUGCAAAUAAAUUUGUUACAAAAAGUAUAAUUGUAAAAAAACAAGACAACUGAA